UUUAGAUUUGAUCUAAUGAGCCUUAUUUUAAAAAACGGCCACUUUGCAAUAGCGCUCUAGUUGUUGUACACGCGGCUUUAAAUCCCCUCGCGAGCAAGACUGGAGCACUUUCUGUCAGCAGUCCAUUCGGCAGGAUUUAGAAGGCAGGACGGAGUUGCCCUGGUACUUCUGAACAGAAUGUUAAUCUUUUAUCGACUUUUCCUUUAUGUAGAGAUGGGCCGACGGAGAUGGAACACUUUGCUGGGCAUCGCCCUUCUUUUGGUCACUGCGGGUCACUGUGAAGGCAGAGCAGAGACCAGGCAGAAAGCGAAACAAUCACCUUUAGACCUCAUCUUAAAAGGCGUGGCAGACAGCAAUAACGGGCGGAGGAACACGGUUAAGCGAUACGAUACUUUCUAUGCCCUGGAUCAAGACUACAAGAAGUUCACUAAAGAAAAAGCCGUGUUUGUCCCAAGGCUGGAAAAACCAAUAGAGGUUGUCCACAGAGACCCCAAUGUGAAAGGGAAGUUUUUAAAGCAUUUCACAGCAGGACCAAUCUCAUUCUCAUCUGAGUGCAGUAAACAAUUUCAGCGUCUCUAUUAUAACACAAGGGAUUGUUCCACACCAGCUUAUUACAAAAGAUGUGCAAGGUUGCUUACAAGAUUAGCUGUGAGUCCUUUAUGUACACAACCGUAAAUAUUUGCCAUACCCAAGCUGCUGAAGAUGGAAAUGUGUGUUGCCUCAGAAGUGCCUUUAAAGUGGAUUGGAAUUACAGCUGAUAUUGCUUUGGUUUACAGCAUUGUUUAACUGCUGAAUGCUUUUUAUUUACAUGUAAAUGUGUAUGUAUGAGAACAUUCCACUUUUUGUGUUAAUUAAGCAUAACUUUGAUCUAUAAGAUUAUUGCAUAGAAAUCAAAUAAACCAAUUAUUUAUUUAAAUACUUUCUAUAUAAUGAUCUGCACUGAUGAAACGAUGUAAAACUGCAGAAACCCUGAGCGAAGCAGUAAUUUGAAUAGGUUCACAGUGUAUUGACCUCCCUUCUUAGAGGAUGCUGGCAAUGGACCAAGAUAAUAAAUUACCAGCACGACAAGUUCUGUUUAACAGUAGUGCCAAAAAAGGUGAUAUUCUAAUCUAUAGGAUGGAAGGUAAAUCAUUGUACUUAUAUGGGUAUUAGUUGUAUAAUAAAGCAGCUUACACUAUUCACAAAGUUUAUGAUAAACAGCUAAAAUGAAGAUACACUAAUUACCACAAUAAAUAUCAAUUGAGCGCUUUAUACUCGCUGCAAUUUCUAUUUGGAGUUUGUCCUCCUUUUGGUGACAGGGCUUCAUGCUGUUGAUUGAGAAUGUUGUGCUUUAUAAGCAGUUGGUGUUGGAUUAUUGUGUUUUAAAUUUAAAGAUUCCUCAUGAACUUAAAUGGGCCAAUCUGAUGUGCUAAUUAUUUUACAAUGGAUUGUUUCAUUGUAUUAUACUUCCUCAAUUUUGUUAAGAUGUCUAUUUCAUUAUUUGCACUGAGCUUGAAUGCGAUGCAAUUCACUUUCUAUAGGAGCUGUAAAUUGAACAUUAUUCUCUACAAAUAACAAUGAAAAUAUUAAUUUAAUACUUUAGUUCUGAACCUCUGUUAAAAUAUAUUGCACAUUGAGAAUUUAAGCUUAAUAUGUACCUUGCUUUGGAAUAUUAUCAGAUAGCUAUUAUGAAUUACCAUUGGUACUGGCACUUAUGUAAAACAUGCAAAUAAUGUAAAUAUUGGAAAAAGACUGGAAUAC